UAGCCGCCUCUCCACCCCACUACACCACAUCACAUCCACCCCCGCGCGCCGCGGGAGAAGGAGAAGCGCCGCCGCCGCCGCCGGUCACAGGUAGGGGGCGCCGCAGCAGCAGCCGCCGGGGGGGAAAGCGUCUGCCCAAGAUGCAGAUCUUCGUGAAGACCCUGACGGGGAAGACCAUCACGCUGGAGGUGGAGUCCUCGGACACCAUCGACAACGUGAAGGCCAAGAUCCAGGACAAGGAGGGGAUCCCGCCGGACCAGCAGCGCCUCAUCUUCGCCGGCAAGCAGCUCGAGGACGGCCGCACCCUCGCCGACUACAACAUCCAGAAGGAGUCGACCCUCCACCUGGUGCUCCGCCUCCGCGGCGGCGCCAAGAAGCGCAAGAAGAAGACGUACACCAAGCCCAAGAAGCAAAAGCACAAGCACAAGAAGGUCAAGCUCGCCGUGCUCCAGUUCUACAAGGUCGACGACGCCACCGGCAAGGUCACCCGCCUCCGCAAGGAGUGCCCCAACGCCGAGUGCGGCGCCGGCACCUUCAUGGCCAACCACUUCGACCGCCACUACUGCGGUAAGUGCGGCCUCACCUACGUCUACAACCAGCAGGCGUAGCACAAAGGAGGAGGAAAUCGAAUGCUUCAUCUUGUUAGAUGAUAAUCCUUUUUUGUCCUAAUCGUAUUAUUAAAGUAGCCUCCGUGCAACUGAACAACACCUGCGUUACAUCUGUGCUAUGGUUUGCUUCGAUAUUAUCUGGAUCAUAUUAUGUACUGUUGAAUUUUUAAGUUAUGUUUGAGUUAAUCAUCUCCUGUUGUUGGCAUGGCCUUGGA